AGGUUCUAGACUCUUGAAACUUUUCACUAGUGACAUUUUUUUUAAUAACACUUCACUAGUGACGUCACAUUUUUUUUCUAAGAAUUAUUAUUAGAUCAGUCAUAAGUUUUGAAAGAUAUAAUUCCAUAUUUGCGUUACAAAUUCACGAACAGAGAAUCUUUUCUUUGAUUAUUUUGAUUCAGUGCGAAACUUUUCUGGAAAUCCGAAGAUCAAUGGCUCUCGAUAUCUGCGUCAAGGUUGCCGUCGGUGCUCCUGAUGUUCUCGGCGACUGCCCGUUCAGCCAACGGGUUCUUCUGACCCUCGAGGAGAAGAAGCUUCCCUACAAGACCCAUCUGAUUAGCGUCUCCGACAAACCCCAAUGGUUCCUAGACAUUAGCCCGGAAGGUAAAGUUCCGGUGGUGAAGCUUGACGGCAAAUGGGUUGCUGAUUCUGACGUCAUCGUCGGACUUCUUGAGGAGAAAUAUCCAGAGCCUUCUCUCAAGACUCCUCCUGAAUUUUCUUCUGUGGGAUCCAAAAUCUUUGGUGCUUUUGUGACUUUCUUGACGAGCAAAGACGCCAACGACGGAUCCGAGAAGGCUCUGGUUGAUGCGUUGGAAGCGCUGGAGAAUCACCUCAAGACACAUCCUGGUCCGUUCGUAGCUGGAGAAAGUGUUACUGCAGUGGAUCUCAGUUUAGCACCAAAGCUUUACCAUCUGAUGGUUGCUCUUGGUCAUUACAAGAACUGGUCUGCCCCUGAGAGCUUGACCAGUGUUCGUAACUACGCCAAGGCUUUGUUCAAUAGAGAGUCGUUCGAGAAAACCAAGGCUAAGAAAGAGUUUGUAGUCGCGGGUUGGGCAUCUAAGGUGAAUAAGUGAUGUGGAUCCAAUGCUUAUGUUGCUUAGAAGUACUAUUAUUAUUCGCCAAAUAAUGAAAUGCGCAAAUACUCGCCUGUUCUUGUUUUUGUGAAUACUUUGGUUAUCUCCUAGCAAUAAUAAAACCAUCUUAGCCUUUUAAGUAAUAUUUAUGUCUUAUUGGA